AUGCUGUCAACGAACAAUAUUCUAGAAUCACACGUGCACCCUCACCACUGCUUUGCCCCAGCAUCGGCGUCCAUGCAGCAGCAGCAGCAGCAGCCGACAAGGGCCACGGCAGCCAGCAACCCGUCGGCGUUUGGGCAGCGGAUGCACGCCGUCAAUGCCUCGGCGAAUGGGGGUGCACCAGCGCUGGCCACCACGCUCGACUCCGCCCUUGCGCACACGCACCCGAAUAAUACUGCUUACGAUGCGGCGACUGCCUCGGCAUUUGCGAUGGCAGCGGCCACAGUAGCAGCAGCAGUGAGCGCUGCGCCAUCGCUGCACCACUACCACCCGCCGGCCACAGCCGGUAUGCCACUGGGUGCGCCGAUUGUGCCAGCAGAUAAUGUCGCUUUUGGUGGCGAUGCGAACAAUUCCAUCGGCAUGCUGGGCCGGACCGCUGCCCAGCCCGGCGGUCAUAUGCCCCACCCGAUAGCUGCUCCGCGGCCUGUCUCCGCGCAGCAGCUGGCGCCGCCGGCCUGGAUGCUGGCUGCGCUGCCGCUCGAGGUUCUGCUGGGUCUGGCUGCGCCCACGUACAAGCAGAAGAUAAUCAACGAUGUGUUUUUCACGCAGGAGGAGCGGCACGAGUCGCCGCAGCUGACGCCCGUAAGCGAAGUCGAGGAUACCCGCGACAAGCUGCUGGCGCCCGAGGACGACUCGUCGGACGACGACGACAUGACCACUGGUCUCGAUCUGUCGGCGGACCUGGCGAUGUUUGCCGACCCGCGCGAGGCGGCAGCCCGUGGUGUGUGGGCAGCGGCGGAGGAAAUCGACACUGUUUGUGCGAGCACCCGCCAGCCCUCGCCCACACCGACUGUUACAUCUGACCGCGAUCAUGCAGCCCUGGUCAGUUCCACAGUUGAGCUCGCUGAUGAUGCUGGUGUCUGCCAAGGCCCACUCGUCGCCGCUCUCCGCCCACGUUGCACAGUCAAAGUCACAGUACUUGAGGUAAGCUCUCUUUUGCGCUGCUGUUUCACGCCAUUCCCUUCCCCUCACCACUCUGCCAGCGUUCCCGGAGAGAGGAGAUCGUCCAAUCCCUAA